AUGUCCAAACCAUCUGUGGUCAGUCCCAACGGCACACUCAACGGCACACUCAACGGCACGGACGCCAUGGGUCUGGCCGAGACGUUGGCCGAGGCCAUCGAGGCCUCUGCCCACCUCCAAGACGCCGUCCGCGCAGGCCACGAGGAUGAGAUCAACGAAGUGGUCGCGCACUUCAACCAGCUUGCCUCGGCGCUCGGCGUGUCGCACUGGAUCGUGAGCGACGACAUGCUCCUCGACUCGCCGACGCUCCUCCUGCGUCUUCCCGUCCUCGACAAGAUGCUCACGCAGAUGAGCUACCAAGUGUCGGCCACGGAUGUCACGCCGACAGACGACGACGUUGUGGCCCGAGCAAGCGGCGGCGCUGCCCUUUUCGGCUAUUGCUUGGGGUUUCCUGGCUCGUCCAAGGGCGUCGAAGCCGCCAUUUUACAGCCGCCGACGCACUGUACGCUGGAAGCACCAACGCUCGGCAGAGAUUUUCGAGACACGUGGUUUCCCAGCGCCGCCGCGGCCAAGGACUUUUGCGCUGCCGUCCGAUCCAGCCGGCCGACACGCCAUUGCGGUAUCUACGAUCUGCCGCUGCGGGGGACGUCGGUCGUGCACGUGGCGUAUGCCAUCGUGCCCAUGAAAGCGUUUGCUUUGGACGUUCUCUCGACGCCGCUAACCGCGUCCGCGGUGGCGGAUGGGGCGCGUGUGACGGACGUUGUGACGGCCCAGAACUUUCUGUUUGACUAUGGCUCGCACGUGUGCAGCGGCGUCUUCCACGUCGGUGGCAUUAUCUGGAAGAAGGUCCAAGUGAGCACGACGACGGACGAAGCGACGGCCUUGCUGCAGGCGGCGUGCCCAGCGAUGGGAAGCUGCGACUUUUCGAUCAACUACAGCAGCUUUCCGUACCAGAGCUGCAUCGAUGUGUGCGAGAGCACGCUGCACGACGCGCGUCAAACACGGUGCGACAUUAUGACAGAGAUCAAGUGCACGGGGCCGGACGCGCUCAGUUUUGCGAUCUUCGAGCAGCGACUCGUCCUCGACCCGGCGACGUGGCACGUUAUUGUUCGUCCGACAACGCGCGUCGGUGUCUGGGAUUUACUGGCGGCCGCCGGUUUUGAGCGCGCUGCCUCCCUCGUGCGCGAUGCGUGGCUCGACCUCGUCUCAAAACGUGACUUGCCAUCGGACGUCGCUGCGGCGGUCCGUGCCGUGUACGUCGAGGUAUGGCUGCACGAUCCGACCAUUGGCACGGAGCUCAAGCACACGCGCGUUGCCUGCGCUAACGCCGCCGCCGUGGCCAUUUCUCACCUCUUCGACGCGUCCACCGCCGAUACCGUCGAGAGCAAAGCGCUGGUCGACGUGGCCUUGCUCGCGCUUCGCUUCGACAUCGAGUUCCACCAGACGUUUUUGGUCGACUGGUUGUGCGAGCCACGCCUACACGCAGCCUUGUGCCGGCUCGUUGCGGCCAACGACUUGGUGGCGAUGCUCGAGCUUGGAGCGAUCUACACUAAUGUUCUCAACGCCGUGUUGGUCGAGGCGGGCAUCAACCUGGACGCGGCGGUCGAUGAGGCACUCCAGCGUGCCGGGCAGCUGGCCGCGCUCCGGAAGGACGCCCCCAAGGUUCAAAGUGCCAUGCACACGUGGUGUGUCCCUGCGCUGGACGUACGCGACGUCCCGAUCGCUGUCAAGAUCCUUCUCGACGUAUUCAGCAAGGCAGCGAUGCCCGAUGACGCGCUGUUGACCGCGCGGGUUGGCGAGCUGAUCGCGACGAACAUCUCUCCCAGCGGCCACAAGGAGCUUUCUGGUAUCGCCCACAAGUUUGGCUGCACCGACGACGGCUUUCAGAGUACUCUCACGCGAGAGCACAUCCUUGCGAUGGCCGAUGCGAUGCUCACGGCACUCGGCGACGGUGCGACGGCCGAGAGCUCGGACGAGGAGGAGCUGCCCGCCCCCGUUCUCGUCAAGAGCGAACCACCAGGCCCGGUGAUCCAACAGCCCAUGAGCCAUCUCUUGACAGUCGUAACCAAGCCGAACAAGACGACGGACCUCCCCGGGCUCAUUUGGUACACGCUGAAGCACCGUCUGAGUCUAGUCAAAGAGCUCUACACCACGACAUCGGGCGUGAAGCGCAAGCGGGCCGAUCGGCAGGUUCAGGAUGCGUCGCCUCCGGGGCCAGUCGUCUUUGAUGGGCUUUUGAGUCUUUUGGACUCGCUGACGCCGACCGCGCGCGCCGAGGUGUACCGCCUUCUUCUCGACCGCCGCUACCUCGUCCCCUUCCUUGUCCCCUCGACAUACGACGAGCUUCGGAGCGAAGCGGGCGCGCUGGGCCUCGUCAAGACGCGGCUCGACAAAGGCCAAGCUUCGCUCAUGCGCGACACCUCGGUCACGCGCGUGGCUGUUGUCUCGGAGCAGCCCACGCGAAGCAGCGUGACGAAAGACUGGAUCAAGAACGUCUUCCACGUCGACUCGGUGCACUGCCUCGACCGCACGCACGGCAACAACGUCACGAACGCUGCUGUCGUCGCCGAGCUCGGCUGGGGGUUUGUGCAAGAAAACACGGAGUUUACGACCGUCAUGGUGCUCCACGUCAUUGGCGACUACAUGCUGUUGGCGCCGUUCAUUACGCAGUUUGCCGACGUCUUGGUCGUCGACACGGGGGCCCGACCCGUGCGCUUGACGCUGCCCCGGGGCACGGUGCUGCACUGGUGUCACUCGAACGACGACGAAGACGAGUCGUACCUCGACGACAAGGUGCACAUUGUGUCGGUCGCGCUCGCGUGUCCCAUGUCGACGUCGUACGAGCGCAUCACGGCGCACAUUUUGCAGGAGCCCCACGAUGCGCCAAAGCAGCUCGUCGACCAGCUGUCGCUGCCGAGCCUCGUCCAGCGGGAUUGGCUAAUGCGACAGAGAGUGGCGGGCAUGCUAGCAGGCACGGACUUUGCGACGCUUCGCACCAAGAAGCUGAGGCUCCAGCGGCGGUUUGCUCACGAGUCGGAGCUGCGCAUUGCGCUCCAGCGGGAGACGAGCGUUCCGAACCAAGCGGUGCUGCGCCAGCGGAUCGCUUCAAGUGAAGCCGUUCACAAGAAGGUCGUGCGGGUUGUGUCGCAAACGCCGUUGCUCGAGUACUUCUUGUACGUUCUCAAACGACCUGAUGUUGCGGACCGCGAGAUGCGCAUCAUCGACCUCGAGCGUCGACUUGCCGAGUGCGGCGAAGCGAUCACGGCCAAAGCGCAAGCCGAGUGCAGCCGGGCCUUUGUGGCCCUCAGCGAAGUCGACGACGAGGAUACGCGAGCCGCCUACGCUUCAGCCCUUGCGACGUGGAGCAACAUGGUCACCGGUCUCGAGCACCUCUGGCGCGAACUCUCGCACAUGUUUACGGCCGACCCCGACGUAUACGCGUAUCUACCGUCGCUGGCGGUCCAGCACCUUCUCGAUGGCUUCUCGCUCGAGCUCAUGGACGGUGACGCUGGCAUGGUUAACGACAAGUGGAUCCGCGCUAUUCUUCGCUGUCUCGACGAAGCAUUGCCGGCCAACACCCGCGUCUUUGUGCUCUCGGUCAUGGGUGUCCAGUCGUCGGGCAAGUCGACGCUGCUCAACAGCAUGUUUGGCGUCCGACUCCGGACGAGCGUCGCGCGGUGCACACGGGGCGUCAACUUGCAGCUCCUCGCUUGCGACAACGGCGGUGCGUACGACUACAUGUUGCUACUGGACACGGAAGGCAUCCAGUCGCCCGAGUACGUCGGUGUCGAAGGCACAGUGUGGCGCGACAACCGCAUGGCGUCCGUGGCCAUUUUGCCUGCCGAUGCGACUAUCAUCUUGACAAAAGGCGAGUCGACUAACACGAUCAACGACGUGCUCCCGAUCGUGCUCUCGGCCUUUGCCAACUCGGAGCUUGCGGCUGCGUCCGGUGGCCAUCUCGCGACAAAACUCUAUUUUGCGUUCAACCAAAUCGAUGUGACGCAGAGAAGCAGCAUGGUCACAAGCCUGCGCGCGCUUCUCGACAGUCUGCGCAGCAGCGCCAAGCAGAUUGCGACUGUGCGGCAGUCGCAGGCGGCAACGGCCACGUCCUUUUUGCGCGACUUUUCCACUGACAUGACGGACGAAACGACGAGUGCAGUUCGCUUUCUGGGGCUCACGCAAGGCCAGACGACGCCGCCCAACGACGUGCCACUGCCCGACUUUGGCGACCGACUCGUUCGCUUCCGAGAUUUCAUGCACAUGACGGCUGUCAAUGACGGAGCGUGGCAAGCGCGCACCGUCGGCGAGCUCAGCGAGAGCUUGGACUUGGUCUGGAUGUGUCUUCAGAGCGCCAACUUUGAGCUGGACUUUGCGUCGGCCCACGAACGCGUCGUCUACGACCGGCUGGUGCAAGCCAUGGCAAUGCACACGCAAGAGCUCGCCAAGAUCUACAGCGAGGCGUUUGACUUGGUGCUGCAGACGAUGAGCGCCGACAGCGCGGACGACAAGGCGCCGGACGGCGACCGCAGCAGCAAGUACGAGCUUCUCCUCGCACAUCACGUGGAGAGCACGGUGGCUUCGCUGGACGCUGUCGUCAUGGCGACGCUGAACCAAAAUGAGUUUGCCAAGUGGGCCACCGCGAUGGAAGCAACAUGGCAUGAGAAGAAGCAGCGCCAAGCGUCGCACUCGGUGCGCCUCGUCCAGUCCAAAGUCCAGCACUUGUUCGACUUUGACGCGAUCACCAAGGCGUACAAGGAAGAGCUGCAAGCGGCCAUCGUCGACCACAACGCCAAGUGCGGCCCCGAGGCGACCUUGGCCGCCUUUGACACGAUCUUCAACGCGAUUUUGGACAAGGCGCGCCACGCCAGACCGGCGCUCGCCACGCACGUGCCCAAGCUCGUGCACGACGUCCUCCACGGCAACAAUAUCUUCACCCCGGACGAGCUUCGGCUCUUGACGAGCAACGACGACGACGCGUCAUUCCUCCAAAGCGCGUGGCAGUCGGCGAGAAACUGGGUGCGGCGCGAUGAGCCCUCGCGCGACGCCAAAGUCGCCGACGCGGUGCGCGAUCGCGUGUGCAGCGACCUCGCCGACGUCGACCGCUACGCAGACGACGUUGCGCUCACGUGCGUCAUGAGCAUCAAGCGCCUCUUAUCCACGAUGCAAUUGAAGCCGUCGGAGCUCAAGGUCGGUCUCCGUGCGCUCCACGAGACACUCACGACAGCGCUCCAGCAGCGUCAAGCGCGCUGGGACGCGGUCAACAGCGUCGUCGCCAAGUUUGAAGCGUUCCGGCCGAGCAUGCUUUGCUUCGCGCAAAGUGUCUGCGACGGUCAAAAGGCCGCCCAGCUGCUCUCGACGACGCUGAACGAGUGGCUCGGUCUCCAUUUGACCAAGGCGUUUGAAGAAGAAGUCGUGAGCGUCGUCGCGUCAGCGCUCAAGGACGCGCGCUGGGUGCGCACUGCCGACGCGAUGCAGGCCGCCUUGGACAAGGACCUUUUGCAGCUACUGCGAAAGCGGGAGAUGGACGCGGUGCUGAACCACAUCAAGCUGCCGGUCGAGCAUGCUGCGGGCGUCAUGAGCCACCUCGUGUUGGCCCAAGUGCAAGAGUGUCAUCUUCGUGUCGCCGAAAAGCUCGUGCGCGACGUGGAAGACAGCAUUGUGAGCGCGAGUGCCGUGGCGCGUGACGCCGCCACCAAGCGCAGCAAAGUCUUUGUCCACGCACUCCGCCUCAAGCUCCAGAGUCGGCUCAAGUGCAGUGGUACGAGCGCGCUGAUUGAGAGUCUGCCGUCGGUCGCGGGGCUUUUGAUGAACUGCGACGACCAAGGCCCGUCGGUGUUUGCUCUCAGAGCCCAUCGCGACGGACUCAGCGUCCCGCAAAGUCUUUUGGCGCGCCUCAAAGCUCUCGACGUUCAUCUCGGGCCAUCGGUCUUGUGGAGCUCGUCGAUCGCUCACAAGAUUGUCAAGGCCAUCCACAACGAGGCGUACGGUGCGGUCGAUGGCAUCAUGCCGCGCUGUGGGAAGCCAUGUCCGCGCUGCUUCUGCCCGUGCACCAAGGCGCUGGGCCAUGUCUCGACGACCGACGACGCGCUCCACGACACGUACCAUCAGCCGGUAGGCCUCACUGGUAUCUCGUGGAACAAAACCAACGAGCUGGUUGAGUCGAGCUGUGCGACCAGCGUGGUCGAGAACAACGUCUUCGUGUUUACAAGCGGCAGACGACCGUACAAGGAGUUUGAGACGAUCUAUCCUGGCUGGGCCUUGCCACGCGUGACCAAGUUUCUUCCGCUGCGCGAGUACAUCUUUGCCAACUGCCAGACCGAGCUCGUGCAAAAGUACAACAAACUCAAGUGCUCCAACAUCCCCGCCUCGUAUACCCACGACAUUGGCGACCUUGAAAAGCACCUCGAUCGUCUGCUGCGUUAAGUUGCACUUAUCAAACAUUUUGGUUUUCCAAAUA